AUGUCGACUGUCUCAAGAGCUCCUUCCCAGGAGAAUCGCUACGAAGCUCUGCUGAACCCAAUUCGUGGUCUUGUAGCAAGUUGGGAUGUUGACGUGGCCAAAGAGUUGACGUACUACGCUGACUCAGUGGGUAUUUCGAUAGAAACAGUUGCGCCGAGUAUUGACUCACCAGAGCAGUUCUUGGAUUCAAUCGAUUUCGCCGAGGCAGCACUUGUUGUCGAGGGCGCUACGUCAUUAUACUCGCGAAAAGUGAAACAUCUCUACCGCCUUGUUUUCGAAACUGUUUCUGCCCUAAUUCCAGCCGACGAGGAGACAACCGACAAGGCAGAUGGACUUGCUGUAGAUAACGCUAAUGAGUCUAGUCUGGACGGACUGAACAAUAACGACAACACACAAAUUUUCACAAAUGAUGAGGACUCGCUCCCAGUCGACCAGAAGCGGCGAAUUACACAUCAAGAAGAAAAAGAGCUUUUAACCGCUGAUCAAACUUGUAUGUCUCCGUCUAAACCAGAAGUGAGUAGAGAAAAUUCCUUUGGGGGGGAUGAAAUUGAUGGGCAUCCUUUCUCGCCGUACCAGCCGGAAAGCUUCUCUCUGAGAGUUUCGAAAACCAUCAAAGACGUAGCUGCUUUGUAUGGCAUCACCUCUGAAGUCCAGAGUGUCAUGAAUGUCCAGCCUCCGAAAGACCCUUUCCUGAUGAUGAACCCCCUUGAAGCGAUACCAACGCAUGUGAAACCUGUGAAGGUAGGUAAAACCUACAAGAGGACAAGGAGAUCGAUCAAAACCAGUCACAUCCCAUACUAUGAUUUUAGGCCAGCGGAGAUGGACACGGAAGACCUAGUGCUCGGGAAGUUUAGCCGAACUGCAUCGAUGGGAAACUACAUAUGUUGCACAGAGCUGAAGCCAGACUACAUCUCUGUACAAAGAAAAAGGAGAGCUCAAUGGAAACAUGACGUCUCGACUACUGAACAGUUCCUUCUGCAGAAGUUUUUCCAAGAGGUGGAUUCCGGCCCGGAUAUGGAAUCGGGUGGAUACAACGCAAUAGAAGGCAUUGAUUUCGACGCAUUUGGAGACGCAGACGAUCUCCCUGCUCCUGAAUUUCAGACUCAGGACUUUGAAAACGGCGAUGCUCUGGAAUUUCAAGCAAACGACGAUGACGAUGGCUUCGGUUCUGUCGCUCCUGGUCUUGAAGAAACUUAUCGUGAGCAUCUUGAGAGAAUAGCAUCGUUGUGGAAACAACGAACAGUGGAUACUGAUAUGGUGAAAAGAGUUGAACAGUGGACUUCUCGUAUUCAGCCUCUUCUCGAAGAGGAAGAGCAUCGUCCUAAAUUCGAUAUUUCUUGCUACGAGAGGGAAAUUCUUAGUGACCUCAAUGGUAUUGUUAAGCAAAAACAUGUUUUCAAGACAAGGGUAAGCAUGCUUAUCAGAGAGCCAGCUCGAUUUGAGGUUUGUCGGAAAUUUCUGGCAAUGUUGCAACUUGCAAAUAGCUAUGAUAUAGAAAUUCAGUCGUCAGAAGGGUGUCAUGUCGAAGACUUUUUCGUCAAGGCGCCUCUGAAUGAAAGAGAAGGUCAGAAUAUCGCGAACACAAGCUUGGCAGGAACGGAGAGCCAGUAUGCCACGCAGUCUCCUUUGAACGAGAAAGAGAACGAAGACCCGUUGCUUGAGACUGCUGCGGUUGCUCAACCGAGAACUGAUGGUGGUGCGAUUUUGAAGGACCGAGGUGCGAAGCGGGGACGUCUGUCUGGAUCCACACCGAAGAGUUUAAAACGCCUUCCUCUGCGACCGCGCCUCGAGCUGCUUAACACUCCUAGAUAG